GUUGGAAACCAAAUCAAUUUGGUUCCCGAUGAUUGACCAAAUCAAUGAGCUCUAAUUGUUUUCAGUUAAUUGUUGUUCAUCUUCAUCUUCAUCUUCUCUCUUCUCUUCCUUUCUCCACCUUACUUACUCUUUCCACUCUCAUGUUUCCCUCUUUUUUUCCUCUUCUUCUUCUCCCUCAUCAUCAUCAUCAUCAUCAUCUUUGUUUUCUCUUUCUUUCUCUCUUUCUCUGCUCAUCCAUUUGAAACAGCGCAUUGGAAUAGCAAAGUUGCUUAGUUGAACAAAAUCCGUUCAAGUUACAAGUUGAUGAAGAUGAUGAUCUUUAUUGGUUAUAACCGUUGUAAUAGUUUCUAAUCUAAUCCCCCUGUUGUUGGAUUACAGUUCAAUCCAUGAAAAUUUGAAUCGAGAGAUGAGAAAAUCUUAAUGAUUAUCAAAUUGGAAUAAUCUUAGAGAAUAAGAUUAUCUUGAUUAACUCAUUCACUGAUUUCUAAAGAGUUUCAUAAUUGUGACUCAUUUUUGUUUUUGUUUUUUUUUAAUUUUCUUUCUCAAGUGACAAUUUUCAUUGUAAAAUUGAUUUACAAUUAUGAUCACUUUGGGAAAACGAAACUAAUUUAUCGACCCAAACGAAACGAAAUAUAAAGAUAAUUACGAGAGAUGAAGUUAAAUUGAUCGUGACAAUGACCAUGGAUAAGGUUUAUCAUCAGAAUCGUUCAUCGGGCUUUACAUCAACAGUAACGUUGAAUAGGCCAAAUAACACCAAUGGUCUUAAUGGAAGUGUCAAUUGUCUUGUCUCUCGAUUACCUCAGAGACGAGAAUCGAAAAUUCCAGGUCCAAAUAAUCGAUCGAACUCACCGGGAAUCGAAUUAAUUUCAAUAGAAUAUCAGCAUCACCAUCUCUGUCGUCACAUCCGUAACCUCAUCUUCCGCAAAAGCGACAACGAGAUAAACAUUAUCAUCGUUAAUCAAGCUCGUCUAAAGAAGAUUGUCCAAUAAUUAAGAAAAUUGAUUGAUCGGCCAAUGUAUUGCCUUUGCUUAGCAAUAACUAUAGUCCAUUAAUUGAACAAUCUGAUAUUUUGAUAUCUUUGUAGCGCUUCAUGUUUUGCAUGAAAAAACGUGAAAUAUAAUAAUUGGAUGAUGGUAACUACUUAUGUACCAAUUGAUGAUAUUGAUAAUUGUAUAAGUUACUAAACUUGGUGACGAAUGACAGUGACGAAGAUGAUGAGACAAUUUCAACUGUAAACUUUGUUGAUUAUCAAUGAAGAUGAUCAAAGAUGAAGAUGCUCUUGGCCUAGUUAACUUUUGAGGGUUUUUUUGAUUAUGAACAACGUUUGUAAAACUUAAACUAUAAUCAACAAGUUGCAAAUCUAUAAUUAGCUAUUCAUCAAUGUUACACAUUGGAAACGAUUCCAAGCACAAGAUUUUUCAUCCUGAUUCUGAAAAAAUACUCAGAUAGAAACAGGCCAUUCGUUGCUCAUCUUCAUUUUCAUCAUGGAGGAGGAAAUGUUUCCCUCAUGAUAGAAAACAAAAUCCCUUUAACCUUCCAAUUGGAUGGUAGUCAAAAAUAGCGAAAGUUUUAUCUCUCUCUCUCUCUCUCUCUAAACUUUUUUCUCUUUCUUUCUCAUCAUCAUCAUCUUAUUUAUCCUCAUCUUCAUCUUCAUCUUCAUCUUUUACACAGGUUUCAAUUUAGUUGAAUAUGAAAUAAUCUCAAUGGUUUCUCUGUUUCUAUCUUUUGCCUCGAAAAGGUGUAAUGUUUUUCAAUGGAGAUAAUCAACUAAUAACAAUUUAUUGAUUAUUGUUAUUUUCUAAUAAUUAGUUGAUUAUAAAAAUUGUUUUCUAUGCUGAACAAAUUAAAUCUUCUGUUUCUAUAACAUCGUGAAUGUUUCGAGUGUCUCUUACUCUUGUAAAUAUAUUUAUCUAAUUUCUUACAUUCUAAAUCUGUUAGUUUAUUGUGAUCGUCAUUUGUUAAUUGUUGUUGUUUCCAUCGUAAUAACCAAUGUCAAUGAUGGAAGAUCGCAGUGGAUUAUUCAAUGAGAUUCAAAAAUUUUCUCAACGAGCUCUACGUAAAGUUGAGACCAAUGUGACAACCGGAUUAGGCGAAAAGGUUGUUGAAAAGCGAAACGCUAAAGGAUUAAAGACACUUGAUAACGAAUCUAAUAAAUCAUCGAAAUCAAAUGAUACACAAUCCAAAUUAGAUCUUCAAGUUGGUCUUGUGAUUCCAGGAUUAAUGAUCGGUUCACAGGAUGUUGCCCAUAAUAAGAAAGUAUUGGAAGAAUAUGGGAUAACCCAUAUUAUAAAUGCUGCUGAAAAUGAGGUUGAAAAUAGAUUUGAAGAUGAUUACAAUUAUUACUCAAUGCAAAUUGAAGAUUCAUCUUCAACUGAUUUAAAUAAAUAUCUUGAUGAUAUUUACGAGUUUAUCGAUCAAGGUCGAUUUGCGGGUAAUUGUUUCGUUCACUGUGAUGCCCAUAAACCAGGUCUCUCUAGAUCAUCAGCGAUCUGUAUCGCUUAUCUCAUGUAUAAGGAGAAGAGGAGAUUCGAUGAUGCUUAUAAUGAGGUGAAGGAAGCUCGUCCAUUUGUAAAGCCGAAUGAUAGUUUUAUGAAACAAUUGAAGAAAUUAGAUGAAGAAUAUAAUGGAACCAAGAAAAAGGACGAAAUUGAAGAUCCAUUUACCAAAAAGAAAAGGAUGGAAAUCGAAGCUGAAAAGGCCAUGUUAAAGGGCACUACUAGUGUUAAGAACAAACUUCAAAUGUUUAAAAAGGUUGAAGAAGAUGAGAAAAUUCGAGUUACCAGUCCAACUCCUAAUAAAUUGCGUACCAAUGGUGUUUCAUGGGGAACAGAAACCGGAGAAGAUAAUAACAAUAAUAGUAAUAAGGAUAAUUCGAGUGAAGAAAAGCCAACACCCAAAAAAUUGACCUCAAUUCUGAGUUUUUUUCAACCGAAAGAUGCUUCAUCGUCCAGUUUUAAAGCAAACAAUUCCAUUGGUUUACCAAAAGUUGCCCCUUCCAAUGGUCCAGUUAAAAAAUGGAAACCUGUUGAAACGAAGGGACUACAAAGGGUUAAAGAUCCACAGAUUAAAUUUGACCCACACAAAGAUUUUAGCGCCUAUGAAAGGAUCAAAAAAUCGAAAAGUGGAGUUAAAUGGGCAACGAAAAAGGAUGCACUCAAACGAACUAAAUCAAAAGAGUUCAAAGCAGCUAUGGCAGCGAAAGAAAAUCAACCAACUUUACCACCAUCAACACCGGCAUCGAAAACAACUCAAUCACCAGAAAUUAAGAAUAACUCAACGAUUAAAUCUGAUUCUAAAUCUACAACAACAACUUCCAAAGCAACGCCAAAUGUUUCAGCGUUUAAAAGUCCUUCAAACUCUGUGCCUCCUCCGCCACCACCUCCUCCUCCUGUGCCCAUGGAAUCGUCAUCAUCAUCACCAUCUACAAAAUCUACUUCUUUGCAAUCUAAAACGUCGAAACCUCGUCGCGUCGUUACCAGUCAAGUCAAAUCCGCUCGGCCAACUUUAAGAAAAAGACCUUCUCAGGAAGACGAAUCAUCCAAGCAAACAACUGAAUCGCAACGACCUCCCCUCCGUCGUCGUCCAUCUCAAGAGGUCAAUGAAGAAAAUGUUACCUCACCAUCAGCGACAAAUAGUCGACAACUCAGACGUCGACCUUCACAAGAAACAAAUGAUCAAACGGCUGAUGUACAAUUACGACCAUCGUUGCGACGUCGACCUUCACAAGAGAACCAGAUAGAAUCAGAGUCGACAAUAAAACCAGUGACACCGACAACAAGCGCACCAACUGAACCAGUUUAUCCAUGGAGAAAAGGUAGAAAAAGUUCUGAAGUUAAUCAAGAAACGAUUAACAAUAAAUCAUCAGUAACAAAUUCUAAUACUACAUCGAUAAACAAUCAGCAAUCAAAAUCAAGUGAACAAGAGUCAAUGAGAAAACAAAGUGUAACAUUUGACGAAACUCCAACACAAAGUAAACCUGAAGAUAAGCCCAAAGUUUACGGAGUCUGUCGGCCUAAGCCCAAAAAUAUUGUCGGUGGAGCGAUUUGGACAGCAGAGGAAAAGCCGACACCCAAAAAACCAGAGGAAAUUAAAACUGAAGAUGAGAACAAAAAGAUUCAUUCCAAUGUAGGAACAUCAACAUCGACACCAACUCCAACCCAAACACCAUCUAAAUCUAAUCCUUUGACACCACAACCUGUCGAGGUUAAAAUCAAUUCACCAUCUAAGCAACAGGUUAAUCAAGAUUCGACAAAAAUUGAGAAGAAAAAAGAAGAAGAUAAGAAAGAUGUCAAGAAGAUCAUUAUUAUGCAGCAAGAAGAAAGUGACGAAGAUGAAGACGAGGAAGAAGAAGAUGAAGAAGAUGAAGAAGAAACCGAAGAAGACAGUGAUGAAGAGGAAGAGGAUGAGGAUGAUGAAGAUGAGGACGAUGAAGAUGAAGACGAAACAGUUCAAUCAAAGAAAUCGGGACUAACCCGAUCAUCAACUGCAGAGAUUUUGAAACUCAUUAAAUCAAAGACGAAAGCAGAGAUCGCUCAUUCAAUGGAUAUAAUUGAGGAAGAUGAAGAGAUCGAUGUUCUAUUAAAUGAACUUGAGAAAGAAGGAAUUGAGAAUAUCGAUUGGGGAGAACUUGGAAUUGGUUUAAAUGAAGUAAAAGAUAUCGUGGAAAAUGCAAUCGAAGAAGAAGAAGAAGAUGCCGAAGAAGAAGACGAUGAAGAGGGAAAUGAGGAGGAAGAAGAAGAUGAAGAUGAAUCGAACAAUGAAAAAGAGAAAGAUGAAGAAGAAGAAGAGAUUGAAAAUCUUUUGAAGAAUUUGGAAAAAGAAGGGAUUAAAGAAGAUCUAAGCGAUUUCAGUGAGAGUGGAAAAGAAUCACCGAUUUCCAGUGUAACAAUUGUAUCAACGGCUCGACCCACGACACCCUCGUCCUCAUUAAAAGUACCAUCGAUGACAAAAUCAUCUAAUCAAGUGAAAAAACCUGAACCGACUGUUAAUUACAUACAAAAAGCUCCGGUAAUUGAUGACGAGGAGGAAGAAGAGGAAGAAGACUCAUGUGAGGAAGAAGUUGAACUAGUUAUCGAGGAUGAUAGUGAUUAAGAUUCAAUGAAAUUAAUCACAAUUAAAUCCCUUAAUCAUAAUUGUUAAACCAUUUAAAUUGAUUUGCUUGAUAAUAUUGUAAUCACUUUUUACGCUUUCAUCUUUCUUGCUCCAACAAUUAUCCUUUCGCUUUCCCUGCAUAGUUUUUGUUGUUUCAACAAACGACCGUAAUUGUGAUGUUUACAUCUAAUCAUGAAUGUAAAUUGCUUUUGAUUUGAACAAUUUCACUGAUUACGAUGUAAAUUUGAUUCAAUUGUUGGAGACAAUAUUUUCUUUUAUCAUAAUUAAUUACAUUCAAAAAGCUUUAAUGUCAACAUUCAAACUCCAUCUUCGAUAUAUAAUAUAACCUUCCCACUCUCAUUUUGUUAAUCUUUACCCUGUUAACGAACCAAAGUUAUAACAAUUAACCUUUAAAACCAUCAUCAUCAACAAAAAUCAAAGGAGAAUGAUCAACAAUCAAUUAACCAUAAACAAAAGACGAAGAAUGAACAAUCAGCUAAUGAAACUUCAUUGUAAUUAACAGGAUAAUAUCUAAAGGAUUUUAAUCAUCUUUAUUAAUUAUUGAUUAUUGUGAUGAUUAAAAGUUAACUGUAAUUCUGACUGUUACUAUGAAACAUUUGAAGAUGGAUAAUGUUAAUUUUUAAUUGUUAAAAAUUAUUUUUUUUUGCUCAAUAAACCAAAUUAUCAAAUCAAA